AUGAGCGCCAUACCAGCAACAGACGCCGAAUGGGCGGAAAAGAUAUCAAACAUGAAGAAACACCGCCCAGAACGAAAUCUCUCCCAACCAUCAAUACCCUUUUCAAUCAACCGGACAAUAGACCACACCCUCCUCACAACGCCAAUCGACGCCUCCCAAAUCGACACCCUCUGCCAAGAAGCCCUAGACCAAGACUUCGCCUCCGUCUGCGUACGACUCGAGCACGUCGCACGCGCAGCGGCACACCUUAAAGACUCAAACACAGUAGUAGCAUGUGUGGUAGCCUUCCCAGAAGGAACGCACGAAACAGCCGAGAAAGUCCGCGAAGCAAAAGAAGCCGUAACCUACGGCGCUCGCGAACUGGACAUGGUGAUCCGCUACCAACUACUGAAAGAAGGCCGGUACACGGAAGUCUACGACGACAUCCUGGCCGUGCGCAAGGCGGCGCCCUCGCCGAUUGUGUUGAAAGCUAUUCUUGAAGCGUCGCUGUUGGAUGAGGAGCAGUUGAUUGAUGCGGCGAUUGUGGCUUGUAUGGCUGGGGCGGAUUUCAUUAAGACUAGUACUGGGUGGCAUGGGGGUGCUACUGUUCAGCACGUGGCGCUUAUGCGCAAGGCGGCUGAUAUGUGUGGACGGCCUUGUAUGAUUAAGGCUAGUGGGGGGUUGAGGACUGCUGAUGAUGUUGUGAGGAUGUUGAAGGCGGGUGCGCAUCGGAUUGGGACGAGUUCUGGGGUUAAGAUUAUGCACGAGGUUAAUGAGGGUGAGGUUUUGGAGCAGGGGGCUAGUCAUGCUACUUAUUGA